CAUGAUUCAAUACCAUAUGAAAGAUAUAGAUGGCGUUACGAAAAAAUUCGUAGUCAUUGAUAGAUUGAAUGUUAUGCGAAUAUUAAAUUCGAUGUUAAUUCUUAUUUCAAAAACCGUCUGUUCGGAGAUUGAUAUAAGGAGAUGGAGCGAAGGAACUGGAUUCCACAGGACUUUGUCAUAUGUAAUUCAAGUAAAUGGAAGAAAUUGCUCCGUUUUUAUCGAACAAGUGCUCCCAUCUGGUGCAUACAUUGAUAAUCAUGAAUUAAAACGUUUAGGAAUUAAUGCAAGCGUUAAAGGGUUAGUUGAUAUUGAAGCUCCGGAGUUUUCCGCUGAUUUCCAUACAAUGGAGAUCUACCAGAAAACUUCGGAUUAUGGAAACCUACUGUUGAAUAUACCCGUCCACUUACGCUAUCACAUUUCAACGAAUGGAGGAAAGAGAGUCGAAAUUUUUCUGUCGCAAUCGAAUGUUCAUGUAGAAUGUUCGAAAGGGCGAUCUUGGAAUAGAACAGUAAAAUCUGAAUCAUUCCAAAUUCCAACAGGAAACUUAAACGAUUCAAACACUGUAAUUGUGGGAACGUGCAUGUGUUCAACACUUUCGCUUUUCAUUGUAUUAUAUGGAAUUUAUUCUUCAAACAAUUAA